CCUCAAGUGUGGUCUGGCAAUCAGCAGAAGUAGCUGCCAUUCAUGUGAUUGUGGAGGAAAGAGACAGUUGGAGGAAACACUUAGUUCGUCUGGAGAGUUCAAACUGUGCCUAAACAGAGUCAUCCUCUGACUCUUCCUCUGAAGAGCCCAUGUUUUCACAUCUUUCUUUUAAUGGUAUCCUGUUACUGCUGCUGCUGCUGCUACUUACAAUGUCUUCAGAAGGGGAAUACAUAGUUGAGGUGGGUCAGGAUGCCAGUUUGCCCUGCAGCUACAACCCCAUCUCUUCAGAGAGUCUUGUGCCUGUGUGCUGGGGCAAGGAGUCCUGUCCUGUAUUUGGAUGUAAGGAUUUGGUGCUCAGCACUGAUGAAACGAAUGUGAAAGAUCAGAAAUCCAGCAGAUACCAGCUAAAGGGGAAUUUACACAAAGGUGAUGUGUCCCUGACCAUAGUGAAUGUGACUCCAGCUGACAGUGGGACCUAUUGUUGUCGGAUCCAGUUUAUAGGACCAAUGAAUGAUUACAAACUAAAUGUGGAGUUGAUCAUCAAACCAGCCAAGGUCAACCCAGCUCCAACUGCCCAGAGAGAUGUUACUACAGUCCUUCCAAGGAUGCUUACCACCGAGGGACAUGGCUCAGUGGAAACACAGACCCUGGGGACCUUCCAUGAUAAAAAUCAAACACAGAUAUCCACAUUUGCUGAUGAGUUCCAAAGCUUUGGAGCAACCACCAGAAGAGGCCUCUAUAUUGGAGUAGGAAUCUCUGCUGGGUUGGCUCUUACGCUUAUCUUUAGUGCUUUAAUUCUCAAAUGGUAUUCUCAUAGGAAAAAGAAGUUACAGAAUUCAAGUCUCAUCACGCUGGCCAACCCCCGUCCCUCAGGAUUGGCAAAUGCAGCAGCAGACAGGAUGCGCUCAGAGGAGAACAUCUACAUCAUUGAGGAAAACAUAUAUGAGAUGGAGGACCCGAAUGAGGACUACUGCUAUAUCAGCAGUGAGCAGCAAUACUGACCACCUCUGGGUUCUCACCUUUUUAUGCCAUUGAAUCCAGCACCUUCAUUUUUGACCUUGGUGUUGUUUUUUUCAAAACUAAGACGUGUCAGCUAACUGGUUUUACAGGUUCUGUCCAGGGGCACGAAGAAGAGUGUUCCUAUUUUCUGGAGAUAAUUAGCUCACAUUGGGGUUCAACCGUGACCUUUGCUGUACAUCAUUACCUCUGUAUCCCAGCUAACAGGGGUAUCCAACCCAGAGACUGCCAAUCAUGGGCAUUAGACUUCAAAUGUACUUUUAUGCACAUUAGGGAUUCUUGAUAUGAAAUCUCUCCAAGAAAUUCAGGCUUAUGAUGUGACUGUGAAGCUCCUGAAAAUGUAGAGUAUACUGUGUGUCGAGACAUGUGCUUUUCUUCUUCAGUACAGACAGUCUAAAGGGGCACUGAUUUUCAUGGAGGUCUAUAAUCCUUAAAAGGGUCCAAUAAGCCGAAUGUUGUGGUACAUACCUGUAAUCCCAGCAAUUUGGGAGAUUGAGGCAAGAGGAUUCCAAGAUGGAGGCCAGCUUCAGCAA